ACUGUGAAGAAAGAAAAGCCUUGGGCGGCGCCAUUUUGCCGGGCUUUUUCUGAGGGGAGAUUUGAGAGCCGGGGACGCGGAGAAGCCCCGGCGGCGGCGGAGCAGCAGCAGCGGCAGUAGCAUCGGAGAGCGCGUCGUGCUGCUCCCGAGGGCCGGAUACAGUGAAGGGGAGAACCACCACCGCCACCAUCUUGGCGUUCAGGGCAUCCGACGGGGCCGGCCGGGCGAGGCCUGAACGGAGCCUCCCGUCGCAGCCGCCGGCAGAGUCACAAAACAAACCGGGCGAGCCUCGACCCCGACGGUUCUGGGCACCGGAGAUGGCCGCACAGUCAGCGCCGAAAGUCGUGCUUAAGAGCACCAGCAAGAUGUCUCUUAACGAGCGCUUUACUAACAUGCUGAAGAACAAACAGCCGAUCCCGGUGAAUAUUCGCGCCACAAUGCAGCAGCAGCAAUUGGCCAGUGCCCGAAACCGGAGGCUGGCCCAGCAGAUGGAAAACAGGCCUUCCGUCCAGGCUGCCUUGAAGCUCAAGCAGAAGAGCCUGAAACAACGUCUGGGGAAAAGUAACAUCCAGGCACGCUUAGGCCGGCCGGCCCUGGCUCGCGGGGCCUUCGGAGGACGGGGGCUGCCGAUGGGGCAGAGAGGCUUGGCCCGGGGAGCCCUGCGCGGGGGACGUGGAGCCCGGGGGCUGCUGCGCGGAGGAAUCCCCCUGCGAGGACAUAGUUUGCUUCGGGGAGGCCGGGGACUCGGCCCCAGGAUGGGGCUGCGGAGAGGAGGCAUGAGAGGCCGGGCGGGGCCUGGCAGGGGCGGCCUGGGCCGAGGAGCCAUGGGACGGGGCGGCCUCGGCGGCAGAGGUCGCGGCAUGGCUGGCCGGGCCAGGGGCGGCUUUGGGGGCCGUGGAAGAGGCCGAGGCCGAGGCAGAGGCAUCACUCGCCCGGCGCUGACCAAGGAGCAGUUGGACAACCAGCUGGAUGCUUACAUGUCGAAAACGAAAGGACACCUAGACGCCGAGCUGGACGCUUACAUGGCUCAGACAGACCCGGAAACCAACGAUUGAGACUGCUGGAGGAAAAGGGGGGUGGGGGGGAAGAUAUGC